AUGGUCAAAUUCCGGAAGUUCAGAAAAAACGUAAUGGCGCGGCAAACCUUGGGAUACUACGAUACCAUUGCAGGGCUUUCAGCACUAGAAUGCUCUCACAAAGUUCACCUGUCACAGGAACAAUUGCAGGAGCUGUGUGAAAGUGAUCGUGAGGCGAGAGACGCCAGAGACGAAACCAACAGCCAAAGCGACGAAAAUGAGCGUAGAGAGAAGAGGCGAGCUCCUGUGCACGGAUAUCUGAGUAAAAUAGAUACCUCAAUAGCACUGGACACCUCCUCGGAGCUCCAGCACACUUUACUGGGUGGCCAUGUGCCGCGCGGGCAGUUAGAGGCUCUGUCAAGCACGGACUUCGCAAAUUAUUUUCACAAGUUAAUAGAUUUUGAGAAAGCCACACAGGCGUUCAACCUCUUCGCCAACCAGACCGCCAUGGCUUCUGUUGCGGUUGUCACACCAACGCCACCGCCAAGCACGACCCCCACAACGCCGUUGGCUCGCACCGAAUACAGCGAGCCCGCAGAAACUGUAAAAAAGCUUAAGACUCCAACGAAUAAUGGGAUUAAGAAAGUUAUACUGUGUAAGAGGUGCAAGGCAAGGUUCAGUGGGCCACGCAGGUUUACGAAUAUGAAGAAACACAUGUGUAUGAGAGGGUAG